UUUUAGGGUUGUGGAUCAUCAUCACACGAUUCACCACCGGCCGCCAUGGAAGAUUCACAACCUUCUCCGUCAAGUAACCUAAAUGACGCCGGAAACUCCACAAAAAACAUCCCAUUUGAUCUAACCUUAGAGAUACUCUCUAAACUUCCGGCGAAAUCCCUCAUCCGUUUCCAAGCCGUGUCAAAGCUCUGGUUCUCAAUUAUCCGCAGUAAAGAUUUCACUGACUCGUUCCUGACUAGGUCAAAGACUCGUCCUCGUCUCCUUUUCACCUUCAAGCACUUCGAUUCCCGAAAACGUUUCAUCUUCUCAGCUCCUGAACACGACAACAAUGACAAAUCCUCUACAGUUGUCGCCAGACACGACAUGACGAUCUCUGAUCUCGUCUACUACAUCAGAUCUCGCCCCGUGAACGGUUUCGUCUGCUGCACGCGUGGUGAUUCGAUCGCGGUUUGUAAUCCAACCACUAGACAAAUAGUGAAAUUUCCAGAUGUUAAAUCCAACGGCAGAGACGUGUACGCACGUCUAGGAUACGAUCCAGUCCAAGAUCAAUACAAAGUGUUGUGUGUAAUGAUGUUCGAUGGAUACGACGCUGAUAAACAAGAUAUCCAACAGGAGCAUUUCGUUUUCACGCUAAGUUCGGGACAACAAGAGUGGAGAAAGAUUGACAUAACCGAAGAAGAAGAUCCUUACCGCCACAUGAAAGGUGGGAUUUGCAUAGAUGGUGCUAUAUACUAUGGUGUUUUGUAUAGAAAGAUAGCUAGGUUUGAUGUUAGAACCGAGAAGAUUGAGUUUAUUCAAGGACCAGAUGGUCCAGAAGACUUUAAUGCAAUCUCAUGUUUCUCAACACUUAUAAAUUACCAAGGAAAAUUAGCAUGCGUAACGUAUGACCCCUACUGUAACACUGAGAUGGGUAUGUGGAUUCUACAAGAUGUUGAGAAACAAGAAUGGUCAAGCAUUAUGACUUGUGAUGUGCCUUGUCAGUGGGGAGAUUUGUUUGAGAAAGAGAGAUCUUUGUGCACCGGACAGAUUCAUACCGGCGAGGUUAUAAUUGUUUCCAGACCUGCGAGGUUAGAGUCAUCUAAGCUCUUUUGUGUUUACUAUUGUGAUAUGACCAGGGAGGAUAUCAGAAGGUGUGAGAUUGAUGGUAUCGCGGAUUAUGAGUUUAGACGUAUCCAUGGAAUUGGUAAGCGUACUCGUCAAUUGUUGUGUUUUCCAGGUCACAUUGAGAAUAUUAUGUUCUUUCAGUAGCUUCUCCUUUCUUUUGGGAUAUUUUCUUUAUUUUCUUUUGCCUUGUUUCUAAGACUAUUUCUCUAGAAGAAGAAUCUUGUACUUCCUUAUAACAAUAAGAUAGAAUCUAAUGUUGAUCA